AGGAAGAAAGAAGAGCGGGUAGAAUAACGCCAGUCCUCUGAGGGAAUAUGAACCACUCGGCGCCCUAAGGCUGAAGUCUGAAGUUGUGACUUUAAUAUGGCUGAUAAAGGUCCGUUUUUAACUUCAUGUAUUAUUUUCUACCUCUCGAUUGGAGCCGCAAUAUUCCAGAUUCUUGAGGAGCCAAACUGGAUGACAGCCAAAGACAAAUAUAUUCUAUAUAAGGAAAACGUUUUGAAGGAGUAUACCUGCUUAACAAAAGAGAGUCUGGAUGACAUUCUGAAGAUAGUGUCAGAGGCUGCAGGUCAAGGUGUGACCAUCACUGGGGACAAGCAUCGCAACUCGUGGGACUGGGGGAACUCUGUCAUCUUUGCUGCCACCAUUGUCACCACUAUAGGUUAUGGCAAUGUUGCUCCCAAGACCAUCGGUGGUCGUGUGUUCUGCAUCUUGUAUGGUCUGUUUGGGAUCCCCCUAUGUCUGGUAUGGAUAAGCGAACUGGGUUCAUUCUUUGGAGACAGAGCCAAACGACUGUCCCAGGUUCUGAUCCAUAAAGGUGUUUCAGUGAAAAAGGUCCAGUUAACCUGUACAGCCUUAUUCCUGUUAUGGGGGCUGUUCUUGCACCUACUGAUCCCUCCAUUUGUCUUCAUGUCGCUCGAAGGAUGGAGCUACCUGGAAGGGAUCUAUUUCUCUUUCAUCACACUUACAACGGUUGGUUUUGGAGAUUAUGUGGCAGGUGUAAAUCCAAACAUAGAAUACCCCAGACUGUACAGAGUAUUUGCAGAGUUAUGGAUCUACAUGGGCCUGGCCUGGCUGUCUCUGUUCUUCAGCUGGAACGUCCACAUGGUAGUGGAAGCUCACAAGGUGCUAAAGAAAAGGAGACACAGGCAGAAACAUGAUGAGGAACCCCCGUUUGUAGAAGAUAAGUCCAACCCAGAUGUGAAGCAGUCUGUCAUCAACAUCUUCAACUUCCUGUCUGAGAAGGAUGAAGACUACAGCACUGUCAUCAAGGAGAUUGGAAUCACAGCAAGAGAAACAAAACCUGCAGACAACAUAAAUCGCUCUAAGAGUUGUAGCGACAUCUUGACCCUGGAUCACUCGCCACGUCACAGACGCAUGAUGAGUAUUAGCGAAGUGUUCAUGACUGCAAAGGCUGACAUGGACAAAGGUGAUCAAGAGGAGGAGAGCUCUCUAAUACAAGAAAGCAAAGGAGGCCUUGAACCUGCAGAAUGUGCGAGGACAGGAAAUGUAGAGAACAAGGACAGAGUGUUAGAUUUAGAAAAAGAUGGUAUCAUCUUCACUGCACCUGCCAAAGAUGUUACAGAGGAGCAAAGUGCAAAGCAUCCCGAUGGUGGGGGGACUAGGUUUAAAAUAUCCAAAGUAAAUGAAGAUUUCUUAAUGGAGUACGAUGAAAAUGGGUAAAGCAUCCUUUCUAAAACU